GAGAUGUGACCUUCGUUGCCAUCACGCAAGUGUAAAUUAAAAAUUACCAUUGAAUAGUAUGACCUUGAAUAAUGAGGCGUGGGUAAGAUUUGUGCAGUAUCCUACUGAGGGGGAAUGAUGCAGUAAAUGAUAAGGACCCCACGAAAGAUGCCUGACAAUGCGAAUAAAGGAGCGGCAUGAACAUAAGUCAAUAUUAAGGGAAAUGAAAAGAGCUUUUAGUAAAUGAUAAGGACCCCACGAAAGAUGCCUGACAAUGUGAAUAAAGUAUCGUUUUGAACGCGAGUCAAUAUUGAAGAGAAAUUAAAAAGAAAAAUCAUGUUGUGAAGAUAAUAUCCUACGGUGUGGACAUUAUCAUACAUAGGAAAGUUAUGCAGUUAAUUGAUAAUGUGACCCUCUGGAAAGAAAGAUAUCAAACAAUGUACCAAAAAGGGUUACCGAUUUGAACAAGCGUGAGUCUUACACGUGAAUGUGGUUCUAUUCAAUUCUUCACUCACAGUAUGAAUGAGACCUAUUCUUCUUUAAAGAAAAUCAUGCGUUGGUAAAUGAUUAUUCAUGUGAAGGCCAACACUUUAAAAAAGGUGGAAAAUGUUCUUGUUGCACACACAACUUGAACAGUGCUUCAUAAACGUGUUAAAUCUGUGUUAGGAGAGCAAAUAAUUUGAACAUCAUGGUUUCCAUUGAGAAAUAUCCAUGUUUCUGUGGUGCAGGCCUCGAGAGAAUCGUGUCUAAGACGAAUGAACGUGCGUAUGUUAAAUGUAAAGGUGAAGGAUGCACAUUGUUCUGCCACGAAGAAAGGUACCAUAAUAUAAUGGAUGCCUACGAAACGAAAGUCGCGAAAGAAUUCAAACCAAACAAGUUCCCCCUGUGCCAAUGCGGUUAUCCAGGUAGUCUCAUGGUCUCCCAAUCGAGCAAUAAUCCUGAAAGGCCCUAUUUUCGUUGUCAAUCUAUCGUCGACGGAGAAAAAUGUAGCUUCUUCCAUUGGGGCGACCUGACUAUGAAUAGCAAGAUCAUUAUGAAAAAAAGGAAGGUCGAACUGAAUGACCGUAAGAGGAAAGAGCCUAAAGAAAAGGAACCUAAAACGGUCGCCGUUAAGAAACAGAAAAAAAGGACCAACCCAUUCCAGGACGAUGAAUAAACACGAAACGUUAAGCAAUAACAACAAUGCAUGCACGAAAGGUUGAUCACUGUAUCUAACUAUAAAAAAUUCACGCAAUAAAUUUUUUUAAUGUAUCGCUGUGAGUGUUUGUUCAUUACACACACACAAUACCUUCCUGAACAGCUGAAUAUGCUGCCUGUUUGUAAGUAUUCAAUUACUCUGUAGGAGUUCAAUGAACAUAUACUAUAAAAUGAAGCAUGAUUUCACAAAUUGCCAUUACUGCAUGAAAAUCAUCGCCAGAUGAUCAUGGGAGAAAAAGAGUAUCUAGAGCGUUUACGUGUUCGAGCCAUCAGAAAAAAUGUAAAGACAAAACGUUUGCUGAAAAAAGUUCAGAAAGAAAUCUCUAAAGAUAAAACAGAUAUUUCAAAAGUGUUAAAAUGGGUAAAAAAAUCAACGAAGUUGUUGCAGCAAAGUGUUGAACUUGUGGAAGAAAGAAACAACAUAAAAAAUCAAACUAAAAAUGAUGAAAAAUCUGUUAACUUUGUGCUUGAAAAAGUUUCGGAACGAUAUGUUCGUAAAUUUGGCGCAAAGUCAUGUAUAUUCCGUGCUAAGUUAGACGAUCUAUCCGUUCGCGAUAAGCAAAUAAAAGUCAAAGACAUAAUGACUGAGCUCGAUGGCUUGUUUGACGACGCCAUUCGUCAGGUAAAAGAACAGUGUGAUUUUAGAACACCAUUGGAAGAUCGGCUUCGUGUAAUGAUUAGAUCGGAUGCUUUGAAAACACCAAUCAGCACUAAGCUUCUUCCUGCCGCUGAAAUUAACUCUAACAAAAUUUUGGGUGAAAUUACAAAAACUUUGCAGAGUAAUGAGCAGAUUCCUUUGGACAACUCGUUUAUCAUCGACCUUAUUGGUGUAAAAGCGCCUGUUGGGAGUGGUAAGGCCCUCAAAGUCUUAGAUUACUCUAAAGACAGUACUUUAAAAAAAUCGAUUGUAACUAUCAAGAAUAAUGAUAACCUAUGCUGCGCUCGGGCUUUAGUUGUAGCCAUAGGGAUGGCUGACCACCAUCCUAAAUUAAAACAAAUGAAGAUGGGUAGACCUAUACAAAAAAAAUUAGCCUUAAAGCUGCAUAAACGUGCCAAUAUUUUGCCGGGUAAAUGCGGAUUGAGGGAAAUUUCAAAGUUUCAAGGUGUUCUUUCAGACUAUCAAAUUAUUGUAAUAGACUUUGAUGCACGAAACACUUCAAUAUAUGAGGGGCCUAGAAGAGUAAAAAAGCUAAUGCUAUACAAACACGGAGAUCAUUUCAAUGUUAUCAAUCCGGUAAAGCUCCCAGCUUUUUUCGGUAAAAGAUUUUACUGUGAACAGUGUUCAAGCUUUGUAAGCAGCUAUAUUGAUCACCCAUGUUUUGAUGUCUGCAGCACAUGUUUACGCAAAGGAUGUGCAUUAAUUGAAUCGGAACAGCAUGAAUGCCCUGACUGUUAUAAGACCUGCCGAUCAAAUGCAUGUUACAACCUACAUAAAAAACAACGUAGAUUAAAAGGACUUGAUCUUCCCUCAAAAUGUGACAGCACGUAUAAAUGUCGUACAUGCAGUGUCAUUGUCAACAGAAAUAGACAAGACGAACACAAGUGCGGUGAAUUUAAGUGUCAUAUCUGCAAACAGUUGGUUGUUAGUGGGCAUUUAUGUUUUAUUCAACCCGAACCAGCAAAAAAGCCAAAUGUUAAACUCCUUUUCUACGAUUUUGAAACAGAUUUUACAAGCGGUGAGCACGUUGUGAAUUUUGCAGUUUUACAGUAUGCUUCAGGUGACGAACGUGUUUUCAAAGGAUACAAUGCAUUAAAUGAUUUUUGUGAGUUUCUGUUUUCAAGAGGGCAUAUAGGCUAUACAGCAAUUGCCCAUAAUGCCAAAGGAUUUGACGCUGUUAUCAUUCAAAAAUGGCUCAUACAAUAUCGACCGACAUCUGAUAUGCAUGUCAUUCAUUCGGGUCAGAAAGUAAUGCAACUAAUUUUAAAAGAUUAUCAGAUGACGCUAAUCGACUCGUUAAACUUCCUGUGUAUGCCUCUUUCCGAUUUGCCUAAAACGUUUGGGUUAGAUCUGUCGAUGUAUUCGAAAGGCGAUUUCCCUUUUAAAUUUAACACACGAGAAAAUCAGAAAUACGUUGGACCUAUUCCGGCUCUUGAAUAUUAUAGCCCCGACACAAAGUCAAAACGUAAAAGAGAUGAGCUAAUUGCAUGGCAUCAGAAUUUAAUUGAUGAGGGAUACGUUUUCGACUUUCAAAAAGAAAUGUACAAAUACUGUUCUCAAGAUGUAACUAUUUUGCGUUUGUGUUGUAUGGAAUUCAGAAAGUUGUUUUUGGUCGAAACACGUGUAGACCCAUUUUGUUAUUGUACAAUUGCGUCUUCGGUCAUGGCAGUGUUUCGUUCAAACUAUUUAAAAGAAAAAACCAUCGGCAUUGUACCUAAGAAUUUUUAUCGUGAUAGCAAUAAACCGUAUUCAAACAGUGCCAUUGAGUGGCUGGAGUUUGUUUCCUUUCAAACAAAAAGUAAUAUCAAACACGCUCUUCAUAAUGGGGGGGAGAAAGUUAUUUAUGACUCGUUGUUAAACAAACAUUAUUAUGUCGAUGGAUUUUGUGAAGACACAAACACCGUGUAUGAGUUCUACGGAAAAGUUUAUCACGGCUGCCCUUUAUGCCUGGAUUUGAAGAGUGAAAAUCCUUACCGUGCAGGUACAACGCUAAGAGAAGCAUAUAACCGAACCAUUGAGCGUGAAAAAAGAUUAACGGAGUUAGGAUAUAAAGUAAAAACCAUAUGGGAGCAUGAUUUCAAGCAACUCAGACAAACUCCUCAAAUGCAACAUUUUUUAAACACACAUGAAUUUAUAACAGACCUUUACCCUGCCGAUAGCUUUUUUGGUGGAAGAGUUGAGGGUUUCAGACUGUUUCGUAAGGCCGAAGAAAAUGAGAAAAUCUUUUAUAACGAUUUUACAAGUCUUUAUCCAUUCGUUAUGAAAAAUCGCCGUUAUCCUAUAGGUCACCCUACAAUUAUUCGCAAAAAUUUUGAAGAUCUUUCAAAUUACUUCGGUUUGAUUAAGUGCCGCGUUUUGGCACCGGCAGGCUUGUAUCAUCCUGUGCUCCCGAUGAAAGUUAAUGGUAAAUUAAUGUUUCCAUUGUGUAAGCGAUGUGCUGUAAAUUCCUCGGCGGAAUGUCAUCAUUCCGAAAACCAGCGUUCAUUUUGCGGGACGUUUACGACCAUUGAAAUGAACAAGGCAAUCGAAAAAGGCUACAAAAUUUUGGAGGUGCAUGAAAUUUGGCAUUUUGAAGAAACAUCGGACAGUUUAUUUAGUGAAUAUGUAAAUUUCUUUUUGCGGUUGAAACAAGAAGCUUCGGGCUUUCCGGAUUGGGUAAACUCAGACGCAGACCGGGCAAAAUAUAUCGACGACUAUCUAAAGCACGAGGGAAUUCUAUUGCGUAAGGAAAAAAUUGUGAAAAAUCCAGGGUUAAGAGCGCUAGCAAAACUUUGUUUAAACUCGCUUUGGGGUAAAUUUGCACAACGUAAUGAUAUGUUAAUUACGGAGUUUAUUCACGAUCCGCUUGUAUUUUACAAACGACUAAAUAGUGCAGACACUGAAAUUCACGACAUGCAAUUACUGAAUGACGAUUUAGUCGAAGUUGUAUAUAAGCGUGAUUGGGAGUUUCAGAAAGAAAAUAAAACAACAAAUAUUUUUAUAGGUAUUUUUACAACUGCAUGGGCACGUUUGGAGCUCUACAGUUUGUUAGAUUUACUAGGACAAAAUUUGCUCUAUGCAGACACAGACAGCUGCGUGUAUGUUGCAAAGCCUGAUUCUCCAAAGCCUCCUUUAGGAGACUAUUUAGGAGAUUUGACCGAUGAAAUUGGUGAAGGCGAGCACAUUACUGAAUUUGUCUGUGGGGGUCCUAAGAAUUAUGCUUUUACAGUUAGUAAUGGUGAACAACACUGUAAAAUAAGAGGCUUUACAUUGAAUUUUAAAAAUAGCUUGCUUUUAAACUUCGACACGUUAAAAGAUAUGAUUUAUAAUUAUGUUGAAAAACCGUCAACUGUACAAAUAGAAGAAAGUAAAAUAGUCAGGGAGAAAUGGUCGCAUAAACUUGUAAAUAAAAAUCAAAGUAAGAAAUAUCAAGUUGUCUUUGACAAACGUAUAAUAAUAGACGGAGGUGCCAACACUAUUCCCUACGGCUAUAAUUGGUUUCAGUCAGCGGAAAUUUCCAACAGUUUACCUCAGAUCGCACGCGAAGUCAUGGCUAAUGAUAUUUUAUUCACAUCCGUGCAUCCAACUGCGCUAGAAAAUUACAAAGAAUGUAUGACAGGUCAAGGUGAAUGCAGCGAGUCGAUUGAUUUAAUGGAAACCAACUCUGAAGACGAAGAAAGCUUUUCCGAAAGACAAUCCGAUGUUGAGUUUCUUGACGACAUUGAUCACUCCGACAGUGAACUUUCGUUUUACAGACAGAUUGAUAAUCAAGUAUAGAGUCGAGACAGGUAAAUUAAUAAAGUGACAUGCAUAUAAUCAAACAGCGUUGAAUAGUUAAACAGUUUCGAAUCAAUGACAUGUAAACUAACAAACAAAUAUACAUAUUUUUAGACUGAGGUUGUUUGACACAUUUCUACACUGGACAAGGCUAACGAUGAUUGAACACGAUACGCAGUCAUUUCUAUGUGGUCGGUAUGUACAGACGGGAAACAGCGACGACAAUUGCGAGCCAUGCAAUACAUCAACGUUAUACAGACAAAUAUGGAAACUAUCGUAGAAGGAACCAACACAUAAAAGUUGACAGUUGUUUCUUUCGCUGGUGGAACUAAAUACAUGAACGAUGAAGGCGAUACCAUUGAUUCUGACAGUGACGGUGAUAACGAUAAAGACGAAGACGUCAGCUGCGAAUGAAACGGUGAUGAUGCUGAUGGUGAUAGUGAGGGUAACAGUGGUAAUAACGACAACAGAGGCGAUGACUUUGAAGUUGAGAAUGAUAUCGUUGAAUGUGGAGGUGUUGACGACGUUGACGGCGACAGCAGUAAAGAUGUAGACAAUAACAACAGCGACGGUGAUGAGGUUGAAAUGGAGGUUGACAUGUUAAAAAAAUCCGUGAGUGGCGAACAUAAAACUUUUGGCGGGACGACGGAACGUGAGAUGAGUUACAUGAGGUGGACAUAAUCAACGACGAUGGUAGAAGAGAAAAACUGACUGAUGACUGAGGUAGACGAUUGCUUGUGGUUGACGUAUACGAAGAAAGUUGUGUCACAGGCGAAAAUGAGUUCACAGACAACAAAUAUAAAUCUUUCUUUCGGGCUGGACACGGAUCAAACAACACAUUUAACAUUGAGAAAUUGGCAGGACAUGACAGAGGGUUUUCACGUAAAUCAAUGUACAUAAGUCUUGGGUACGCACGAAUAACAUCCAGUUCAUUCACAACUUUAAUGUUGUUUCGUCUCAACGACAAAAUCCGUAUUCGUACAUCUUUUACCGUUCCGACAGGAACAUGCUCGAGAUCCAUGUUAGAACAAUCUAACAUAUGAUAUCGCUUCACAUAACUGCAUUUUUCACCAUGGUUUGCACACGCAGCCAUAAGGAAAAAACAUACAGGCAGCAAGGAAUUCAUUAUGGAAAAUUAGAAAAGUUACAAACAACUCUUGUGAACUAUGAAUGUUGCGAACUAUGAAUGCAGUUACAAAAUGAAUGAACGAUUAAAAGACAUGCCUUUGCUUGUGAGGUUUUAAAGUAAACCCUCAAGUGAUUUUUAAAAUUUUCUGUCAUAAAUAUCUGCUAAAGUAUGUUGUGUUCAUAUGUAAUCAAAAGAGAUUUUUGUUGUCUGAAUGAUGUAAAUAAUUAGAAAAAUAUUUAAUAAAAAUUGUUCAUUGUCCAAUGUA